AUGUCAAAACGGCGGAGGGAGUAUACGUUUACUAAGAAGAACUUCAUGUGGAGAUCUCUUCUCGUAUUGUCAGCGAUUCGUAGUCUCAGGCUAGUUUCGAAAUCGUUUCGGCAUAUCUGCGAUGAUAAAUACGUUCUCUACCGGCUAUCCCUUGAUGAAAUCCCUCUUUUCCCAUGGACUCACAACCCUGAAAGGUCAAAUUUUUUGAAACGAUGUCGAAGGAGCGGAAACUCCGAGGCCUUGUACCGCAAAGGGCUCAUCAAUUUCUUUCUGGAUAACCAUACACACAAAGGACUCAGAUUAUUAACUGAAGCUGCGGAAAAAGGAAACAAGGAAGCAAUAUAUGUUUAUGGAAUGGUCCUAAUAUGUUUUGGAGACAAAACAAAACAAAAGGGUUUCAAGAUCUUGUCUUCUUUAAUGAAGCCUUUAAUGUCAAAUACCAUGAAGGAGCUUGUGGAACUUCGGUACAAGAUUAGAGACAGCCUUUGGUGGCGCGGCAGACCGGUGAUGAAACAGCUCAAAAGAACGUAUGUUCCUGAAAAGUGCGAGUGUGAUGGCCAAACUAAGACGUUCUUACGAAAGAAUUGUGCUUGGCAUGGAUAUGGUGAAGACAACGACAUGAAUACUUCUUCGGCUUGUGAGUUUUGCUUCUGGCAUCAUGAAGUUGAACUUUUUUUUGAUAAUAUUGAAUGA